CUCUGAGCCGCCGCUGCGCGGGUGGGCGGUGCGCCGGAGGGCCAGAAGAGUUGCUCGGCUCGGGUGGCUGCGCGGCCGGGGAUGCGCGGUAACGACGGCGGGAGUCGCGGUCGGGGCGUCCGACUCGGUCCCCGCAGCGAUGGCUCAUGAAGCAAUGGACUGUGAUCUUCAGGUACCAUCAGAUGGUUCUAUAGAACAAGCCACUCCAACUGAAGUCGUCAGCCAUGGUGCACCCCUUCUCCAGCCUGCCCCUGCCGAACCGGUCAGUAGCCAGGGCGGAGCACUUGUUCCCCCUGUGCCUGCUGAAGCGGCCAGCAGCCAAGGCGGACUGCCUACGCCACAGCCUGUGCCACCAGCAUCCAUUGAUUUGACGGAGGACGUACAGCCCUCAGAAGAAAAUAUGGAGAUUGUCAAUCCUGGAACUUUGGAGGAGCCUGGUCAGGGAUCUGGUGCAGAGGAGCAUGGUCAGAGAUCUGGUAUAGAGGAACCUGGUCAGGGAUCUGGUGCAGAGGAGCAUGGUCAGAGAUCUGGUGCUAACCGUGCUACGGCAGUCUCAAUGAACAACUUCAUCAGUGGGCUGCAGAGGCUUCAUAACAUGCUGGAACUGCUGAGGCCUCCGCCUUCAGACCACAGCGGGGGGCCAAUAAGAGCGAGGAGAAGAUCAGGACCCAUUUUGAGGGCAAGAGCUGGAGGGUCUCAGAGGCCUGACAAUGCCAGGUAUAUGCCAAAUACACGAUUAUAUGCCUACCUGGUAAGCAGGUCUCAGCCUUACCCACCAGCCGCUGCUCAUGAUUCAGAGACUAGGAAUCCACCAUCAGGUACUGACUCUGACAGUGACAGCUCUGCAGAGGAUGAAGAGGUUGUUGCCCAGGCAGAAGAGCCUGAAGCUGACAUUCCAGAACAAGGAGUUGUUUCAACAGACCAAGAAGCUACAUCUGUCACAGGAGGUGAUGGAGCCCCUAAAGAGUCUCCUCAGAAGCCCAGCGGUCUGCCUUCUGUGGAAGAUGAAGAAGGGGAAACUUGCACAAUAUGUUUGGAGCCAUGGACCAGUGCUGGGGACCACCGGCUCUCAGCGUUACGCUGUGGGCACCUCUUUGGAUAUAAAUGCAUUUCUAAAUGGCUCAAAGGACAAACACGAAAAUGUCCUCAGUGCAACAAGAAAGCCAAGCACAAUGACAUCGUUGUCCUUUAUGCCCGAUCUCUGAGAGCUUUGGACACUAGUGAACAGGAGCGCAUGAAAAGUGAUUUACAGAAUGAACAAAUGCUCAGGAAGCAGGCUGAGCUCGAAUCUGCACAGUGCCGGCUCCAACUUCAGGUCCUCAUUGAUAAGUGCACUAAACUCAAUAGCCGUGUCCAGGACUUGGAAAAGCUUGUUGUGCGACAUCAGAACCCAGCCAUGCUGCAGUACAGUGGCUCUCAAGCACUUUGCGGGAGCUGCCUACCCUCCAGCCAGAGCCAACGUAAAUACAACUCAGAAAAGACCUUCACGAUAUCUCAGACGGGAAACUGCCGAAUCCUGGCCUACUGUGACGGUCUGAGCUGCCUGGUGGCAUCCCAGCCCUCUCCGCAGGCUUCCUUCCUUCCAGGCUUUGGUGUUAAGAUGUUGAGUACUGCCGACAUGAAGAGCAGUCAGUAUAUUCCUAUGCACAGCAAGCAGAUUCGUGGACUAUCUUUCAGCAGUCAGUCCAAAGGCUUGCUCCUCUCUGCCUCCCUUGACAACACUAUUAAACUGACCAGCCUAGAAACAAAUACUGUGGUGCAGACUUACAACACUGGACGUCCUGUCUGGAGCUGCUGCUGGUGUCUUGACGAAAACAAUUACAUCUAUGCUGGACUGGCCAAUGGUUCGAUUCUGAUAUAUGACUUACGGAACACAAAUACCUAUAUUCAGGAAUUAGUUCCUCAGAAAGCCAGGUGUCCUCUGGUAUCCCUGUCAUAUUUACCCAGAGCUGCGGUGGCUGCAUUUCCUUAUGGUGGGCUGCUGGCUGGAACCUUGGAGAAUGCCUCUUUCUGGGAACUAAAAACAGACUUUCGUCAUAAGCCUCAUGUGCUGUCCUUGGAGCCAGGGGGCUUUGUAGAUUUUCAGACAGAGAGCAGCACCCGACACUGUCUUGUGACUUACAGGCCUGAUAAAAACCAUAACACCGUACGAACUGUGCUAUUGGAGAUGUCUUACAAACUGGACGAUGCUGGAGAGCCGGUCUGUUCCUGCCUUCCUGUGCAGACAUUCCUUGGGGGACCCACUUGCAAACUGUUGACCAAAAAUGCCAUCUUCCAAAGCCCAGAGAAUAACGGCAAUGUCCUAGUAUGUACUGGGGAUGAAGCAUCACAGUCUGCACUGUUGUGGAAUGCUGGUAGUGGCUUGUUGCUGCAGAACCUGAAGACUGAUGAGCCUGUCUUGGACAUCUGCCCAUUUGAAACAAAUCAGAACAGCUAUCUGGCCACCUUAACGGAGAAGAUUGUCCAUAUUUACAAGUGGGAGUGAGCGUGGUCUCAAGACUUGCAGACACACUACACUGCCUGUUAGCCUUGCAUUGAUUUGACACCUAGCAACCCUGAGCCAAGAUACCUGUUUACAUGCUGGACCUGGAGCGUCUGGAUCAUGGUUCAUUGAAUCAGUGCGAUCGUAUAUCACUGAGACACCAGGAUUGGGUGUGCCAUUUGCACCAAAUGAGUCCCCUUGUGAAUCUUGCCUGGACUUUUUUUUUACUUAAAUUCUAUAGGAUCCUACAGUCCUCUCAACUACUAUUAGGAUAUGAGUAUGUACCAAGCAUUUUGUGGUUGUGAUAACCAACCGAUCUAAACUGUCUCGUCAGUUAGGCUAAUUGGCUUAAAAGUGGUACAUGGAAGGCCUGUCUUGCUUCUUGGAUGCAAAAGAUAUAUGGGUGAGUCUUCCAUUAAGCAUAAUAUCUUGAUAUCUUAAGUAGAAUUUGACCUAUUUCCAAGUCUGAAUGCUUAAAACCUUUAAGUGACUUGACUUUGCCCACACCCCUGCGCUGCUGUCUGCCCCCCAGUGUCUGGUACUUCUGUGUGGUAUGCUUUGUGGCAAGUUACAUCCCAGGUAUCCAUGCCUACUAGGAUGUCGAUAGGUCCAAUGAUGGAGAUGGCUGAUGAGCCCUCUGUAAAGCCCUGUGUAAAGCCAUAGCUUUAAGCUUUGUACAGAAGUUUAUUGCAUUGUGGGAGGUAAAGAAAGGGACCGGUUGUUUGGGCAAUUGUUAUAGACUUGGGUUCUUCCAUUUUAACUUGGGAUACUCGGGGGUUUUUACUUCCUCCAAUGCUUAAGGAUAUAUAAUUCCCAAGUAAAGGCUUCUUCCCCUGUCCCACUUUUUUCUGAAAGUAUUAUUGAUGAAGUGGUUAUUCUCAGGAAGGGAGCAGUGACUCGAGCUCUGUGGGCAGCAGAAAGGGAGACACUUGGACACUUCCGUUCUGGUGGUCCUCAACUGUCCAGCAUUUAGAGGUAUGCUCAGGUUACGGUUGUUUACUUUGCCUUAGGCUGCUCCACUAAGCCACAGCCCCUAGGACACCUUGUCUUAAGGUGGAGGCAACAUGUCUUGGUUUUCUCAGAUGUUCUUUGAUGAAGCACUAUCUUUUUUAAUAAAAGUUCUUUGAUGUCUAUCAAACUCCUGAGCUAUUUUGGGGAUCUUAUUGCCAACAGGGAUUAUUAAGGGAAAAUUGUUAUUUUUCCCAGGGUUCCGAGUUGUGGCUGUAUCUGCUUAAUGAAACCUUCUAUUUGAAGAUGCAUAGUUUGUUUUGUUUUUAAAACUUAAAAGUAAGCUUUAAAAAAACGUCAUCUUCCAGCCAGUUGAGGUGGUGCAUGCCUUUCAUCCCAGCACUCAGUAGGCAGAAACAAGUGAAUCCCUGUGAGUUCAAGGCCACCCUUCCUACAAAGUGAGUUUUGGACAGAAAAAGAAAACUGUUAGCUUCCACAGCUUGGAGAAGAGUAUCCUUCUCUCCCUCUCUAUUUCCCAGAUGAGUUUGAUAGAUUGAUGAUUAAGAGUAGCUGUCUGGGCCUGGAGCUUCAGUUUCAGGAUAGGAUUUAAAUUAAAUAGAAUUCAACUAACUUCAGCAGGUGGCCAUAGAAAAAGCUGUGGGUCUCAGGUUGGUCUGGGGCAGGGUUAGAAUGUGACUUGCCUUGAAGAACAUUUAACUAGGGCUGACUGGGGGUGGGGUGGGGAGGGGAUUUUCUACCACAGAAGCUAAGCUAAAUAUCAAGCCUUGCCAGUUUUUGCAUUUCCACAAUAAAUUUGGAUUGGGGUAGGGAAGUGCCAGGACCUCAACCUGGUUAAGUUUUUUGUUCUACCACUGAGCUGUAUUAGAGACCCAAAACUCUGUUUUGGAAGCAGAUUCAUGUUAUGGACCGAUUUUCCAAAGACAACAUUACUCCUACUUGCAAAGAACGUCAUCUCUAAACCCAGGCUCUAGUCUAACACCAGCAGGAUCCAUUUGUUUUUAAAUCAUAUUCAUAGGGCAUUGGGGUUUCCGAAUAUUUGCUGUGCUGUGUGUGUUUCAGUGUUUGUUUUAAUGUUAACAAAAUAAAGAAUUUGUAAUGUGUAACACCAA